CGCUCGCUUUCCAAUUUCACUGCUGAAUAGGAGCGAGCUAGGUCACCCUUCUUUGAGAGGGAGUAAGGAUCAAUAAUGGCAUCCUUGAAGAUCCAUGGUGCUGUGGCAGUGGUAGCGGUGAUCUUCCUCGCCGCCGUGGUCCCUUCUGCAUCGACGACGGUCGACGAGCCUGCUACGUAUAAGCCCACGGCUCCAGCGCCCCCGCCUCCAUCGUACCCCUCGCCGCCGCCGGUCCAGCCUGUGAUCGUCGUCCAUGGCGUCAUCUACUGCAAGUCCUGCAAGCUCAGGGGCUACAACAGCGGCAUGGACGCGUCCCCUCUCCCCAAUGCGACGGCGAGCUUGGUGUGCUACGGCGAAGAGGAGAGCAAGUACCGGGUGCUGAACCAGACGAGCACGGCCAGCGACAAAAACGGCUACUUCAUCGUGAUGGUGUACGACGUGGACAUGUUCGACCGGCACACCUGCAGGCUGUACCUGCGCUCGUCGCCGACGGCGCUCUGCGCCAAGCCAUUCAUGCCGUCCAAUCCUAAGCUCGGGCUCAACCUCGUGAGGGACCGCGCGGCCACGGCGCCCAGGGGCGCGCGCAGCGUCUGGCACGUCAAGACCGCGCUCAUGUACGCGCCGAGCGCCGGCGGCAAGUGCCCGCCCUACUGACCUACAUGGCCGGAGGCGUCGCGAUCUGGAUCGAUCAGCUAUCUGUGUGGAGCGAGGGAUGCGUUGGCGAGUGCAUGCGCGGAAUGGAUGCUCGUUCAGAUUGAACAAGAGUUGUCGGAGGCAAAAAUAAGACGAAAUGUUUGGUGUCACGUAAGUGUGUCGUGCUUUUAGUUGACGCUCGCUCGAUACGGAGCGUUUGUUGACUGUAAGGUUGUGUUUGAGUCUCUGAAGUCUGAAGCGUGGUUGUGUCGUCUGUGUGUGUAACCUGUUCUCGGUCGGUCCUGUCUUCUCGAAAAUGGAGGAAUGUGGGUGUCCUUUAUUUUAUUGUUCGG